AGAGGCAAGCACUUCAUUGGUACGAAACUGCAGCUUCGUCUUCUGCUACCUCCAGACAAGAAAAUGGAUUUGAAAACUACAGCAUGUUAAUGGAAGCAAGGCACCUGCUGAAAGGAAAGAAAAACAUAUAGAAAUAGUUGAAGGCUUCUGAAAAGAGGUAAAGCCAUUAUGAGUUGCCAAAGUGGUGCACUUGAGUUAAACUCGAGGUCACAGCCUGGGCCAAAGAGCCCUGAGAGAGCAGAAGGUGUAACUGCAGAUGAAGACUGUGGCACAGGCCUGCUUGAGAACCAACUCAGCGUCGGGGACUUUGUCAAAAUACAAAGGGCCUUUGAGUCUCCAGAGCCAAGGAAAACCAUCUGUAUGUCCAGAGAAGAGUUCAUGCAGAGGAUGACAGAGGUUGUUGGUUGGGGCACAAAAGAAGAAUAUGGGGAGCUCUAUGACAAAGUGGAUAUGGCCCAAGAUGGCUUUAUUACUUGGGACAAGCUGACUUCAUUUAUACUGCUAGUGCUUUAUGAGAAAGAGGAACGAGCAAAGUCAACUGUGGUUCCCCAGUGGAAGGACCUUCAAUUCCUCCCAGUAAAACACAAGGACACCAUUCAAAAAGUAAUUUUCUUAAAAAGUUCAUGUCGGUAUCUGACUAUCAGUAAAGAAGGUCUAUUAGGAGUCUGGGGAGAGAAUUUAAAGCUGCAAGAAACACUUCCCAUCACUUCAGAUGCCACAAAGCUCAAACACCUGUGGGUGACAAGUAUGGUUUCUCUGGAAAAUGUAAACAAGAUAGCGGUGGCUUUUACAAGUAAAGAGAUUUGCUUCUAUGAUCUGCUGUCCAAAGAAGAAUUUUCUUGUCAAUACAAACUCCAAGGCCUGAAAGGAACACCAAUUUGCAUGGAUUAUUGGUAUGAUUCUCUUGAUGCCAAUGAAUCAAUUCUUUCUUUUGGGGAUAUAACUGGAAAGGUUCAAGCAAUUGCUUUCACAGCAGCCUUGAUUUCCCUUUUUGAACGGCCUGCAAGUGCAUGUGAAGAUGAAGAAGCCACCAUGACCAUUAGCUGGGCAGAACUGCUCUCUGGAUGUCACAAAUGUUGCCAUAUAUUAGAGCAUAAACUUCAUCAUGGAGAUUGGGUCAGGCAAGUUACUUACAAUGCAUCUUUAGAUGCUAUCAUUUCCAGUACAACCAGCAAUACAAAUACUAUGGUACUGGCUUGGAGAGAGAAAUCAAAAAAGCAUCUUAAAAUGACAUCCUUCAACAUUGCCCAGGGCAUUCAUGCUUUUGAUUACCACUCUCGGCUCAAUUUAAUUGCAACUGCUGGCAUUAACAAUAAAGUUUGCCUUUGGAAUCCCUAUGUGGUCUCUAAACCAGUUGGUGUCCUUUGGGGUCACUCAGCCAGCGUAAUAGCUGUCCAAUUCUUUGCUGAAAGAAAACAACUUUUCAGCUUCUCCAAAGAUAAAGUGUUGAGACUCUGGGAUAUUCAAUACCAGUUGUCCAUCCAGAGGAUAGCUUGUUCUUUCCCCAAAAGUCAGGACUUCAGAUGUCUCUUCCACUUUGAUGAAGCCCAUGGACGACUUUUCAUCUCAUUUACUAACCAGCUAGCAUUGUUGGCAAUGAAAAGUGAAGCCAGCAAGAGGGUGAAAAGCCAUGAGAAGGCAGUCACUUGUGUUCUUUACAAUUCUAUCCUGAAGCAGGUAAUCAGCUCUGAUGUGGGAUCUACAGUUUCCUUCUGGGUAAUAGACACUGGGCAGAAAAUCAAACAGUUUACUGGUUGCCAUGGCAACGCAGAAAUCAGCACUAUGGCCCUUGAUGCAAAUGAGACACGGCUUUUGACUGGCAGCACAGAUGGUACCAUAAAGAUAUGGGACUUCAACGGAUAUUGUCACCACACAUUAAAUGUUGGGCAAGAUGGAGCUGUGGAUAUUUCACAGAUCCUGGUUCUUAAGAAGACAAUACUGGUUACAGGCUGGGAGAGGGCUAUUACUGUGUUUCGACCCCAGAACUUCAAUCAAUUUUUCAUCCAGUCUGAAGAAUGGAAAGGAGGAGUAGAGCACCAUGAUGACAUCUUGUGUGCUGCAUUUUUACCUCCACAAACUCUUGCUACAGGGAGUUAUGAUGGAGAAAUUGUGCUGUGGAACAACAGCACAGAGAAUGCUCGCCAUGUCCUUCACCCUGAUUACCAGAGGCUGCUAAAAUCAAAGUCAGAUACAGAACCUCAAAAACUCAGUGCUGGGAGAAGCCACUCCACCCACCCCAUGGCAGACCAGUCUACCAUGGGAGUCUGCACCUUUCAGAUUGACACUCAGGGCAAUAAUGCUGUUAUGAGGCUUUUCUUCUUUAAAGCAAGAAAAAACAUUGCAGCGACAGGAGGAGCUAACCUGGUAUCAUGUGGAGGAUCUGGUUAUGUCAGAUUCUGGGAUACAUUUAAGAAGCAACUUCUGGCUGAAUUUUUGGCUCAUAGUGGGGUUGGAUCUAUUAUUAUGUCUAUUGAUAAGAUGAAUCGAUACCUCACCACAGGAGACAUUAAUGGAUGGUUGAAAAUCUGGAAUAUAGAGGAGUACUGUCUUAAUUCCAGUAAGAACAAAAUCACACAGGCCCCAACUCUGAUAAGAUCAUUCCAACCUCACGAGGACCGCAUCAGUUCCUUGGAGAUGUGUGAGCUGAGCGGCCGUUUACUGAUCAUCUCCUCCUCCGCAGACUGCAGCAUUUGCGUGACUGAUGUCUGCAGUGCUUCUGUUUGGAUCUUUGGUCAGGCAAAGCAUUGGCAUAUUGAAAAAUGCCUUUCUCGUCCUAAAAGAGAUAUUAAUUUAAUGGAAAGUAAGAUUCAAGAGGAAAUUCCUUUAUUUUCUAAGGAAGAAUUAUGUUUAGACCCAACAGAAAAUUUUCUACUUAAGAAAAACAAAGAUGACUCAGUAUAUACUGUCAGACCAUCAGAAGACAUAAAUUUAAGUAUAAAAUAUAAGGAAAGAAAUGCCUAUAAGAAAAAAACACAAAAAUAUUACUAUGGUGAUGAAGUUAUAAAAAAUUCAUACAGCACGUUUAGGUCAUUAAGCAUUGGUGCCCUGAAAGAGCUGCCUGAAGUGAAUAAACCUGCUUUCCUUCUAGACCCUGAGAAAUACUUUAGUCAAGAGCCAGAGGAGGAGCAUUCCCAAAUUCCAGAGCUCCCAUCACUUUGUGAAACUUUGAAAGCUGUAUUUGUUGAGAAAAACCUGUUCCCUGAAGAAAUUCUGGAUCGUGAACAAAAAGCCAAGCAAUUAUGUCAAGAAACAAAUCAUGAAGCGAAGAUAAAAAAAAAAUAA